CCUUUUAUAUAAUCAAUUUAAUAAAUCUAAAAUUAUAUAUUAGAAAAAUAGAUAAUCUUGCAAAAAAUAUGCACAUGAUAUAUUUUAUUUCUGUAAAAACACUGUCAGUGUGCAGAAAUUAAUUCAAUGAUUAUAACAUGAUUUGUCACGUUAGUUUUAAUGCUAAAACAUAUAUAAUGGAUCAUAAACAGAAAAUGAAUAAACAAAAGAAGAAAGUUGUUCUUGUUUUCAAUGAAGAAGAAAGACGGGAUUAUUUAACAGGAUUUCAUAGAAGAAAAGAAGAAAGGAGGAGAAAAGCAAAAAAAGAACUUGAGGAAAGACAAAAGGAAGAAAAAAAAAAGUUAAAAGAAGAAAGAAAAAAUCUACUAAAGGAAAUUUAUUUGUCUCAGAGAACUGUUCCAGAAGUAGAACAUUUAGUUGAACCAGUUACAUACGAAUUAAAUGAUCAUACAGUUACCGUUACCUCUAUUGAAGAAAUUGAUUUUGUUGGUCAAGAUGGCACAAGAUUAGGUCAGAAUACUUUUACUCAUAACAGUGAUAUGGAAUCAUGUGAAGAAGAUAAAGUAAAGAAAAUAAAAAAUAUAAAAGAUUUGACAAAAAAGUUAAAAAAGAAGGAACAGCAAAAGCAGAAAUCAAAGAAGCAUUUUAAGAAACCUCAAAGAAAACAUAAUUUCAAAAAGAAAGGAAAAGUGAAAUCAAGUAAACUUCAAAAAACAAAAAAUUUAUAAUAGUUUUAUAAAUUGAAACAAGAGAUUUUAUAUUAAAUUUUGUUAAAUAAGUACGAGUAUUAUAAAGAGACAUUUAUUGUAAUAAAGUGCAUAUUUCAAAUAAAAAAAAGUUUAUUAAUUAAUGUUUAUGGACAUUGAAAUGUUGGAGUUGGUGAUUUAUGCAAAUGUUGAUUAUUGAAAUGAUUAAAUGCCAGAAAAUAUUUUGAUUUUUGGGAAAGAUUUAAUUGUUGUAAAGUAAACAGUGAAGUUAUUCAUACUGUAUUAGAUAAUUUUAAAUUUAUACAAUAGCAGCAAUC